AUGACUGACAAGGCUGCCAAUUGGGCCCUUCCUAUCAUUGGCACCAUCAUCAAGGGCAAAGGGAACCCCCCAACUACCAUCCCGGCCUUAACGGCCAAAUUCAAAGAGGCAUUUGCCAACCCGGAUGCUAAACGGGCCGCCGCCAGGAAGAUUGCCGCGCUUACUCAGACAACCACCACGUCUGAGUACGUCACCAAGUUCCGCAAUCUCAUGGCGGAACUUGAUUGGAACACUGAGGCGUACAUUGCCCAGUUUACACGCGGUCUUCACUGGAAGGUGAAGGAACUCCUGUCCACUAAGGACAAUAUCCCAGACAAUGAUCUUGAGGCUAUAUUUGCUGCCUCAAUCAAAAUUGAUAACACUUGUUGGGAAAACAAGGAGAACCGCCCCAAGAAGGCACCAACCAAGUCCCCAGUCACCACAACCACCUCCACUACCACCACCAGGGUCCGUUUAUCAGAGGAUCCCAACUAUGUCACCCCGGAGGAAAGGGACCGUUGCCGUGCGUCUGGCCUAUGUGUCAAGUGCGGCCAAAAAGGGCACGGCAUCAAACAAUGCCCCAACGGAUGGAAGGCCACAAUCAAAGAAGUGGCCAAGGUUGCCAAGGAUACCAAGUCGGGAAAAGAUUGA